AUGACUUUAACUAAAUACCAAAGAGGCGACCAUAUAGAUGGUUGGAACGAUUGCCCUGUACCUUUAGCUCAUAAAGAACCAGCACAACAUGGAAGCCUCCAACAAGAAAUAGACACACACAAGACGAUCGAUAUAAUACACAAACUAUUCAAAUGUAAUAUCGACUUGCCAGAACGUGAAUUAAGACAUUAUGAAACAAAAUUAGUCAGCAGUGUCGAGAAAAUGUCCAACACCAACAUCAAUUUCAUAUAUCAUAUUUGUGAAAGAAUUCUACAGUAUCAGAGCAUGGGUGGCUACUCGGAUGUGAGGAAUGAAUUGAAAAACGAAGUUGUUGAAUACAUGAUGGUGCAUAAAGGAGUUAGCACUUGGUGUUCACCAUUAAAGAAAAUAAUUACCAGCAUAAAUUAG